CCUCGGACGCCGCGUCGGGGCUCGGGUGAGCGGGAGGAAGGACUACCUGCGCGUACAGAUGCACUUUAUCCUGCUCUUCAGCCGACAAGGGAAAUUAAGACUUCAGAAGUGGUUUAUUACACUGCCUGAAAAAGAGAAGAAAAAAAUCACCCGAGAAAUUGUGCAGAUUAUUCUGGCUCGCAACCAAAAAACUAGUAGUUUUGUUGACUGGAAAGACCUCAAGCUUGUUUACAAAAGGUACGCUAGUUUAUACUUCUGUUGUGCAAUAGAAGACCAGGAUAAUGAACUUCUGGCUCUAGAGGUGGUCCAUCGUUAUGUGGAGCUAUUGGACAGGUAUUUUGGCAAUGUGUGUGAGCUGGAUAUUAUAUUCAAUUUUGAAAAAGCGUACUUCAUUCUUGAUGAGUUUCUAAUGGGAGGGGAAAUUCAAGAAACAUCCAAAAAAUCUGCUGUGAAAGCAAUAGAAGAAGCCGACAUGUUACAAGAGACAAUGGAAGAAUACAUGAGCAAGCCUGCCUUUUAACUAGAUGGUGCAUCAACAGAAAAAGAUGCUGCAUACUUUGUAUAUGUAAAAUUUCCCUGUUCCUAGCUGCUGAAUUUUAUUUAAGAAAUUCAACUCCUUCCCUUCCCAUGACCUCCUAAAGAAAUAUAUAUAUCUAUAUAUAUAUGCAACAGUCAAGAUGAAGGGCAGCCACAGUAGUGCAUGUGUAACAUACAUGUAUUCUACUUUACAUUCAUCUAACCUUCUUUGGCUGUCUAGAUUGACUGUUUUAUGACAAUUCUAUGCUACCAACUUUUUAUUCUAAGGAAUUUAUACUAGAACACUUGAAGGAUAUAUUUAUAUGACUUUUGGUCAGUUUCUGACAGUUCAGUAUAAUUUUGUAAAAAAAAAAAGCCAUUUAUUUUGAAUGUGAUCAUUUUUCUGAAUUAAUAAUACCAAUUAUGCAAAACCUUCUGGAUAUUGAUUUAUUCUGGGUUUUUUAGACUGCUUUGAAAGCAGGCGAGUACUCCCAAGUUCAGGCUGAAUGGAGUUGUAGGUUUGGAGAUUAAUAACAACAGUGUUGAUACACUA